ACUUCCGAUCGAUCGUGAAUGAGGUGAUAAAGCCUUCAAAACUCCCCUAGCCUCAGGCUUUGACAUACUGGCUACCAUGUUUAGUUUGAAAAACGAGCGUGGUCUCCGAGGAAUCUUUUGAGUAUGCUGCUGGCUUACUGAAGUGUGAUCUGGAUGUCCUCGAGUUGAAGUCACUUGCUUUUGAUGAGACUCCAGCCAGACGAACAAAGCGGCGAUGGCUUCUAAAAUCGCCGGAAAUGAGAAAUUACUCUCAGGGCUCGAAUUGGAAGGGGAUGAGACAGACUCCUCACCACCGCCGCAAAAAGCAACGAGGAAACCAACAAAUCGGAUGUCUGCCAUCACCAGGGACAGGGUAAUAGCAGCAAGUCAAGCCACACCACCAUUGGAAGGUGACGAGGGUCUUCAUCGAGCAAAUAAACCAGGGCUUGGAUUCGGGUCGACCACCGCAAGUAGCCCCACUAAACCUGGUCUGAAUGCCAAUGGCAAACCCAAUUACGCGAGUUCCGCACGCGCUAAGACGUUUCCGCGCAACACAAAGCUAAUGAUCAAAUCACAUUCAGAAUCCAGCUACUUGGGAAGCAAGACAUCAAACCACUCAAAAGCGCGUGGAGGAAGAGGUGGAGGAGAAGCAACAACUAGAUCCGGUGUUGGCUCAAAGCCAAUUGGAUUCAGUGACUCAAGCUACAGAGGACGAAGUGCGUCCCUUCAACAGCAACAUGUUGGAAUCGUCCAGGGAACGUUCACGAGGAAGCCAGAAGUGAUCAGUUUGAGCAACAUGCCCAGAGAACUCGGCCUUGAAAAGAAGACCAGCAUCUCCUUCAGUGCCGUGGGGUUUAUGGUGGAGAGCAUGCACAGACUGCACAGCCACAUCACCGACAAGAAACCCGAUGUGGAACAAGCCGUGCUCAAGGAUGAUUUCAACUCCUUGGCUUUGCUCUGCAUGGAGGACGAGGCGGCUUGCAGUUGCGCCGCACUCAUCGCCAUCAAGGAGGACAAAAAGGAGAUGCUAGCCGAGAUUCUGGAUCUAUUCGACAACAACCACGACGAUCCGGAAUGUGAUAAUACCACUCAGACCAGAGUGAGGUCCAAACUCCAGAGGCAAGCCAGUGAGGGCAAUGGGCUCCUACAUAUCGCAGUGCAAAAACAGGCCUACAAAUGCGUCUCGCUUUUGUUGGAGAGCGGCUUUUCGCCCAAUUACUGGAACAACACCAAUCAGUUCACGCCACUUCAUUUCGCAGCCAUGAAUGGCGAUAUCCACACAUUGGAGCUCUUGACCGACAACAAUAGAACGUCUGAAUCAGGCAAUCUAAAUAUUGGCGAUGACCGAGAUGGCCAGUCUGUGUUACAUGUGGCUGUAAGAGCCAAUCAAUUGGAGACGGUUAAAUAUUUGCUCAAGAAAAAAGCCAACAAGACGGGGAAGGGAAAGUUUACCGAGACUCCACUGCACACCGCUGCCGAGCACAACUUUCAUGAAUGUGCCAGAAUUCUAUUGGAGGAAGGUGUCCUGGUGGAUGCUCUUCGAGGAGAAAAUGUCCGAGAAACAGCUCUACAUAUUGCUGCGGGAAACGGAUAUGUGGAGACAUCUGAACUGUUGCUGAAAGGGAACUCGGAUGCCAAUGCCAAAAACUCCCACAAGGAAACCCCACUUCACUUGGCGGCCAAGAUGCAUUCGGUUCCUGUAAUGCGGCUCUUAAUCGAACACGGGGCUGAUGUGGACAGUUUGGAUUGUGAAGGUCGACCUCCCCUUCACUUUGCCAUUAACUCGAAUCUAAAAGGUGCUACGGAGUGCAUGCAGCUUCUCUUGAAUCGAGGUGCCAACAUCAACCAAGGCGAUGUGAAUGGAACAACGGCCUUGCAUCUGGCAGCUCUUAAUCGGAAAAUUCGAAGAGUCAAGCUACUCAUUAAAGGUGGAGCAGAUCUGUGCUUGCGGAAUAAGGCAGGAAAAUCCGCUUUAUACUUUGUCAUGAAAUACGUGCCGAACACAUUGAAGACUAUUGAAGAACGCCUCGACAGCGGAAUGCAAAUCGGAAGACCUGAGCAGGAAUAUGAGACGUCAGUUAAAAUGGACUUCAACCUGCUCAUGCCCUCGGCGGGAAAUUAUUACAUUAGCGAAGUGGGGCUUUUCACGGAGAUUCUUCAAAUGCACAACAACGAUCCUGCUCGGCUAGAAAAGAUCUUCAUGCACCCACUUUCAUUGAGUUUUCUUCAUCUGAAGUGGCAGCAGAUCAAGUGGCUCUACUACAUUAUUAUUCUGAUAAGUCACAUGAUUUACUCGGUCACUUAUUCCGUGUACAUUGUGUCAGUGUACAAUGGUCUUUGUAAACCGAAAGAUUUCAUGGAUAUCCAAGCUCUAUCCUACACGGAACGGUGGUUUCGAGAAUCCAAAUGCGAUUUCCAUUCAGCAGAUCAUUUGGCCGCCGUUAACAGUGCCAGAGUGUCUUGGCUAUUGCUCAUCGUUUUCAACUUAAUUUAUGUGGCUCGUGAAACCACGAAAUUCAUACACCUCAAAGAUAUGUAUUUCAAGGAGUGGGAAUCGAUCCUCAAUUUGAUGACGAUUCUGUCCUUUCCAUUGAUCAGUUUUCAUUUCAACCCUUUUGGGUUUGGGACGGAAGAUCCUACAUUUAGUGCUUGGCAAUUCCAUGCCGCAGGAAUUGGUGUACUUACCACGUGGAUCUUGCAAAUGUUCCUCAUUGGGAAAGUUCCAAGAUUUGGCAAAUACGUGCAGAUGUUACUCAACGUGGGCUGGAGCUUCUUCAACUUUUUCGUUGCGUAUAUCUCUCUUAUUCUCGGUUUUGGCCUUUCCUUUGUGGUACUCUUCCCCAAAGAGAUCGCCUUCGUAGAAGCCUUGUCUGCGCCAAUCAAGGUUCUGGUCAUGAUGACUGGAGAGAUCGAAUACAAUGAUCUCUACUAUCCUCAACGUGACACAAUUUUCCUAAACAUCACUCAAACCAACAACUCGGAAACUCACGGAGUUGGGUACAUUGACGAUGAAGAUAUCCCGCAAUAUUUUCCAAUUACUGCCCACGCUAUCCUGACAAUAUUUAUCAUCGUGGUGGCCAUCGUGAUCAUGAACUUACUUUUCGGUAUGGCCGUGUCCGAUGUCCAAGAGUUGUAUAAGAAAUCCCGACUCCAUCAAUCCAUUCAGCAAGUUCACCUGAUCUCUUACAUGGAAAGCAUUCUCUUUUCUCCUCUUUUCUACAAGCUUCCUUCGUUCAUUCAAAAGUUCUUACGGAGAAAGCUCCAUGGACUGGAGGGCAAGUAUCGCAAUGUGUGGGAAUACGAACCGGAGUGCUAUAAAGGUCACAGAGCCCUUCCGUCUCAUUUGAAUAAAAGCAUCAAGGACAAAUGUGACGAACUGUCACAAAAGCGAGGGACUGACGCCUCCACCUUGAGGAACCUCAGUCAAACGAUUCGUCAACUAGAAUCUAAAUUGGACAACAUGCACGAGUUGUUGCAAAAACUCUCCCGCUCAGAUGGUUUCCCUUACUCGAAUGCGCCCACGUUGUCGAUGGACGAUGACGAAGACGAUGAAGGAGAUAGCCUCUCGGAUGACGAUCCCUCCAUUCAUAAAGAUCAGUGUUCUUUAAAUGACGAGUCAGAUUUCAUAGAUUCGUCUUCAACGAUACUCGCUUCGUCACCUAAUCAAGAUAAGAAUUCUAUUUCGUAUCGACUUUCCCAAAUCAACGAAGAAGAUCAGGCUAAACUGGAGGAUUCACCAAGAGCAUCCCGAACAUCGCGUCAAGUAGACCUUUAAGCAUCGAAAGUAGUUGAAAUGACUGAUCGAUCCAAUUAAGUCAUAAAAGAAACAAUGUUUACCCUCAAAAUCGCAAUUGUCAGAUUCAGAUUUAAAGACUCAUUCCAGCCAAUAAAUUCUUUUACAAGGAGCUA